UUCACUCACUCACGACUGCACAAUAAAUGGAUCUUUGGAAGAAAAAAAGAGGGAGGAGAAGAUAGAGAGGGCAGAAGGGAGGGGGGCAUCGGCGUAUGCUUGUAUACAACUACCCCCGAUUUCCAUUUUUUUCCCUAACUCGUAAUGUAUUUAAUUCAAGUGAAACGUAAUCAUGACGUGUGUUGUCAUUAAUCUCCUCGCCGCCUCUCCCGGGACUGUUGGAGGUGGUCAGGCAGAUUGCCACCAAAAGAACGCACCCUCUCUCAGUCACAGAAGUGAAGCAUGCCAUAGACACAUUACUGACUAUGGAUUCCCCACCAGAAUGUAUGCUGGCUCUUUCCUGUGAGCCCCCAAUGUCUCCUCCUUCCAUGCCCUCCCUGGACCACAGUCCCCAAGGCCUAACCCAGAGUCCUCAAUCUACCCCAUCCAGCCCUCAAACUGAACUUUAUGGCCCAGGGUCACCCUGCCCCCUUCCUGGUGCCAGCCUACAAGAUGAGGAAGAGGAUGAUGAGUUGUCAACACCCCCAUCACCCACCCCAGCUGUGGCGCUGUUUCCUGGUGAAUUGGAACUUCGUAGUCCCUCAUCAGAAGGCAGCCCUCCAACCACACCAUCAACACCUUUCCCUGGCUUUGGUGUUCUGGAGCAGGCAAUAUCCUCUGGUCAGAUUACCACCUGCAGUGAUGAACUGGAUCUUCAGCUUUUCAACAAUGAAGGGAUGGCUAUGCCAGGAGGGACCACCUCUGGGCCUGCCCUAAGGUUCCCAUGCCAUGUGUGUGGAAAGCGGUUUCGCUUCCAGAGUAUUCUUUCUCUGCAUGCUCGAGCUCACAGUUUGGACAGGGACCGUCGGGUUUCAGCUCUUUACCGAACCACACAUGACAAACAGAACCAUGUGAGUGAUGGUUUAAUCCAAAAUCUCAACAGCAAAGAGCCUGGUCUGAAACAGAGUCCAUUAGCUGGGCUAUUACAAAAGAAUAUAGAUGAAGACAUGCUUCCAGAGGAACCUCUUCACACUGCUAGCAGCCCUCGGUUCCUCUUUGAAGGAACCACAGCAUUAACUCCACCUCUAACAGAGGAAUCACCAAUUUCUACAUCCUUCUCUCCGCUUGACCAUGCCCACUUGGAGGACACUACCCCCUCCACAGUUGCCUCUGCCUUCCGGUGCCAUGCUUGUAAGGGUAAGUUCCGCACAGCGUCAGAGCUGGCACGUCACGUGCGGAUCCUCCACAACCCCUACAAAUGUACGAUGUGCCCCUUCUCUGCCAGUAAGGAAGAAAGUCUGGCUUCCCAUCUCCAGGAGAGCCACCCACCUGAAGAUCCUGCAGUAGCAACAGUUUUCCCUUCUCACCCUGUAACUGCACCACCAGAAACGCCUCUCUCACAAACGCCAGUCAUUCCAGCCUUCCGCUGUGAGACAUGCGGCCAGCGUUUCACUCAAUCCUGGUUUCUGAAGGGGCACAUGCGGAAGCACAAGGACACAUUGGACCACAAAUGCCAGGUUUGUGGCCGUGGCUUCAAGGAACCCUGGUUUCUUAAGAACCACAUGAAGGUACAUCUCAACAAACUAGGCCUCAAGACUGGCUUGGGAAAUCUGGGGCCUUCUGGAUCUGAUCAAUCUAAAGGUCCUGCAAGCACACAAGUGCUGGGGGCCCUGUAUUCCAACCUACUUCUGGCUCGUAGUAUGGCAGGUGGCGGAGGCACAGGAAGUCGCACAGAUAGGUCAGAUGGUGGUGUUUCAGGCUCAAGUAAAUCAUCUAUAUUGGGCUAUCUGGGAUUACCUAAAGACAACAGCAAUGGAAGUUGCAUGGAGCGCCUUCAAGCAGUGGCACAGGUUGCAGAAAUGGGUAAUGGAGUAGGAGGAGGAAGAAGGGGAGGUGAGACAGCAGAAGGUGCAGACCAGGCAGCAAUGUGGCAGCUGGUUGCUCGCAGUCUGGCAGCAGCACAUCAAAACCAACAGCAGCAGCGAUCCCACUCGCAUCAUCAGCUUCCUUCUUCACGAGGCACAGUCGCUGGAGAAGCCAAACAAAUGAGGACCUACCUAGGGGGACUGGGUUCUAGAGAUGAACUGGAGGCCUCUAGUGCACCUUGGGAGUGUCCAGAUUGCGGAAAAAUGUUCCGAAGCCUUCAGCAGGUGGUUGCUCAUGCCCGUGUUCAUGUCCAGAAACCACAGAAAGGUCAAAGUGCUCAAGGGGAAACAUCAAGAGAGGAGGAUAUUAUAAAUCAAGUCAGUGGGGCUCAGGUAACAGGAGGAAUGGGACACAGAGUUAGUGACAAUGAAGACAGGAGGCAGGAAUUAAAGCAAUUCCCAUCAGGAGUGGGGACAGCUGGAAGCUUCCAUUCUGUCUUGUCACAUCUCUCUGGUCAGAAUGGUCUGAGGGGACAAUCCUCUUCAGGUUCUUCAGCUCCUAGAGAGCGUAUUCGGGGAACAGGGAUGAAGGAUUGCCCUUACUGUGGUAAAGUCUUCCGGUCUUCCCAUCACCUUAAAGUGCACCUUCGUGUUCACACCGGGGAGAGACCAUACAAAUGCCCCCACUGUGAUUAUGCUGGCACCCAGUCUGGCUCUCUCAAGUACCACCUACAGCGUCAUCAUCGUGAGCAAAGGAAUGCUAUGGCAACAUCCCCCAACUCCCCUUCACCUGGCCUCCCCUGUUUGACUGGCUCUCCUCGUGAAGGGGCCAAAAAACAGCGUCGGCUCCCCUCCAUGUCCCACUCUUCUUUUGGGAGGGUUCCUAGAGAGGCUUCUUCUUCCAGGAAUGGUCAGACAUGGGCUGCAGGCCUUUCAGAGAAGGAUGGCUCUUCGUCUGGACAUCAAAGAGAAGCAGACUUGGAGAGUAGAUAUCACAGCUUGUCAGGGAUGAUGGGAGCACUCUUCCCUGGUGGCCUGAAAGCAAGUUGGACAGGGGAGGCCCCACCCCCCAAAAUGCCCAAAGUGUCGCGACGGAAACCUCUUACCACAAGUCGCAUGGUGUCUGUAAAUGGGUACACUUCAAGUGGGAUCACUUCCAGUGGUUCUCAUGAAGGAGGCUUUGAACCUCUCGACCUUUCCCGUCGCCCUUUACAAGAUGAGGGUCCAGUGGCUAGUCCUGGAGGUGGGCCAUUAGCGGGCUCUAAAGGAGGGAAUGACAUCCUUAAUCAGUGUGUUUUCUGUCCCUUCCGAACCUCUUCCGUUGAGCUGAUGGCUAUGCACCUUCAGGUUAAUCAUACCAGCAAGUCUCGCCGCAAGAGGGGCACCCCUGUCAGUUCUGCCAACCGUUCUCCAAGACUGACCCUGACUGGGCCAGACCGUGACCCACUGGCUUUGUGGAAGUUCCUCGGUGCAGAGGAUGGAAUAAUGUCCCCUGAGGAUUGGGUCUCAAGAGCUGAGAAUGGAGUCAGCCCAGAGAACAGGGAAACAGAAAACAACUUCGAACUGGUCCAAGGACUGGUGGGAACCACAGAAAAGAGGAUUCAAAUGAGAGAGGACCUGGAUGGGGAAGAUGAGGAGAUGGACGAGGAGGAGAAUGACCUGGAAGCAAACGGAAGCUUUGGAAAUUUACCCCAGCAUCAGAGCGGAAGUGCUUACUCUGUUUCACCAGACCUCGCGGCUGAGGAGGAGGAGGAGGAGGAUGGUAUCGUGGGGAAAUAACACUUAAUGAGAGCCCUGGAUGUGUUCGGAGCUGGAGGAAAGGAAGAAUACAAAAAAAAAAGUAGAGAAAUAUUUGGGAGUUGUCCAGGGUCCCUCAUAUCAUUCCAACCAAGGGCAAAACAGUUGCAAUGCUAACAUACUGUACAGUAUGUAAUAAUAACCUUCAAAAAUAUUUAAAGUACCCAUCAUACAUACUUCAGUCCCCCUUCAUUAGUGAUCCGUUACCUCUACAUUCACAAAGACUUGCAAUCACACAGAGAUAUCAAAUAUUUUAUGCUAGUCUAAAUGCGUGACACAUUUACAUUUGCACGGUGUAGAGGUCACUGCCAAACUAAGCAAUUUCCUAUUGUUCAAUGAUGGAAAUUCAGACGUCAAAGUUCACCAGACUUGAACUUCAUGUGGGCAAAUUCUUCGCCAACAGAAAAUUCCAGAUAUUGUGGAUUCCCAUUGAGAUGACUUUGUACUUCAUCUGUAGAUUUUCGCUGUGCAAAGGUAAAUGUGGCUGCACCUUAAGCUUGCAUGUGAAAGAGUAUUGGGGCCUUUUUGAUCACUGUCAUUCUCCCGUCUUGUCGGUGAUCGCAAUUGCCAAGUUCAAUUUCAAUUGAAAUUUCCUGUUACUCUCGCCCUCUAUUCCAAAUGAACCUGGAAUGUCAAUCCGGAGAGAGAACAAAGAAGCAAAAAAGAGACACUAUCUUUACACUAUCACUACAAUAUAUUAAUGCUGAGAGAAAAGGGAAUAUAAUGCUGAAUGGAGAAAAGGGCCUCUUAUUAUGCUGGUAAGAGGGUUGUCCUACUUUCAUGUGAACGUCAUUUUAUAGCACUUCAUCGGUAAACCAAAGGAGUGACCGCACUUCUUACCACGCACCUGCCAGACUUUGAACAGAAUGCUGUGAUAACUGAAUGGUACUUCACCUCUAACAAAAACUGGACAGAGUAAAGAUUAUAUGACCAGAUAUUCACACUGCCAGUCUGUAACAGUGGGUCUUCUUCAGAUAUUAUAUGAAACAGAGAGUCUGCCUCUUCUAUAUGCUAUUUCUCUCAGUGCCUGUUGAUGUAAAUGGUUUUUAGCAGAUUCAUACAACACAGGAAUAUAGUUACAGUAAAUAUAUACAGUAUAUAUGCGUAUAGUUGUACUAGAUCGUAGAGUUCUGUAACACAAUGGUGGCAGUUUGUGACUAUGUCUGCUGUGAAUGAAACGAUGGAAUUAACUUAGAGCACCACAUGGUAGAACAGCUGGCCAUUUGACGGAGCCUUUAUGUCAGUGUUUACGUUACAAAUACCACCAGGAUGUUCGGGUGGAAUCCGGACCGCCAUUACAUUGGAAAGUAGCUUUGAGUUGAAAUUUCAGGGUUUGAAACAAAUCACAAUCUACAAACGGAGACUCGGCAAUAUAUCAUUCCUAUUCCUGUUAAACCUGUGACUCGCAAACUAUCAGAGAGAGGGUGGAAAGUUGGUCUCUACUAAAAAGAAAGAAAGAAAAAUAUUCAGUAUGUCAUUUGUUUUUUUUUUAGAUAAGUAGACCUUUUUAAAUAUAACAAAUUCAAAUAAAAAAACACUAACAAUUUCAGACAUCCCAGUAGAAAAUAUGUAGCUUUUGUAAAGAAAAGAGAUCAAAAAAGAAAAAAAAGAAGUUCUCCAUUUAAGAAGUGUUAAUGGAGUAAUAAGUAUUAUAAUAAUUAUGAAAGAAGACUGCUUUAGAAUGUCUUAAGAGCACUGUGCAAAGUUUCUUUUCUUCCCAAACUAGCUUUUGUUUUGUCUUUAAAUGUAGACCAAACGUUCUUUUUCCAUAAUGUUUCCGGUUCAUUUUACUAUCCCUUGAACGAUGUGUAUAUUCUUGAAUCAACAAAUCAAUCAAUUGGACACAUAAUCAAUGUUGUCUGAGAAUCUUAACCUUUCAGUGAUUGAGAAUAUAUUUAUAAGUGAAUGCUGAGAUCACGUCCAAGACGUGUCACACUAUCAGCAUUGUCAGUUUGACUGAACUGCUUGCCAAAUUAUAUUUCAUGCAAUUGUGUCACAUUUCUAUGGUUGAUCUACUCGUCCUUGUCUGUCUACAGUGGAGUACCAAUGUCUGAGACCACUAGAGAAGAUGCUCCUCUUGUUGAGUCGGUACACACUACACGAGCAUCAUGUCACAAAGUUCAGCAUGGUGUGCUUCUACGAAAGCGAGGAAAUCUGACCUAUUGUACAAAGUAGGACAUUUGACAUUUUUAAACUGGUCUCAGACUUUUGGAUCCCAAUCAUUUCCAUCCCAUUUCUAUCAUUAGACAAUAUUGGGUAGGCGGUACUUUCGUCCAGUUAUUGGCAGAGGCUGGCCUUAUUUUGCAGGACAUGCAUUAUUGUGUUCUUGUUUUGUAUGUACAAUACGUAAGUGAAUGUGUUAGCCCCUGAUGUGGUGUUCGUUUAAGAUAACAGUCAAGCCACUGUGCCUUCUGUCCUGAGCACUUCCUCAAGUAUUUUGUAAGCUCACCAAAAGCACUUAGCCCCUACUGUAUCUCUUUGUGUUCUUUGGUAAAGUGUUGUCUUUUCUCUCCGUCUCUGAUUCUCCGUUUUGUUGAGAUAUCAGAUGUGGGGGUCGUUUUCAUUUCAUUCUAACUACCGUCAUUCCAUCAUUCGUGUCCAGCUUUUUACCUUCCCUUUAGCAUAUGUACCACGGCGAGCUUACACACUAUCUAGCUGUGAGGCCUUUUUACAAGUUAUUUUCAAUUCUAUGAUGUUCUUUCAUGCCGAUGAGAUGAAAUCAAGCUCUUCUGCUCAUAAUUAUUAUUACCAUUGUUCUUAUUGUUUCAUGGUAAAAUGACAACAACAAAAAAAAUGAAGUGAACAGAAGAAAAAAAAACAUGAACAAAAUGUGUUUCUUGAAUGUUGUACAGAUAGAAAUAGACAUGUUGUGUUUCUAACAAGAGAUCAAACCCCAGUACCUGCUCUCCAUCACUCCCUACAUAGAGAUACAUCUGCAUCAGUGUAGAUGAGACUCUUUUAGGAUGGCCGAACUGUGUACAGGGAUCAGGGCAAUAGUUUGUGUUUAUUUGUGUUUAUUUGUAUGUGUCUGUGUGUGUUUGUGCAAAAGAGUGCAUUGAUGUGGGUUUGUUGAAUAUACUGACACUGUGAAAUAAAUAUCACUUGCAUUAGAGUUUUUCCAAGCAGCAAUGUGCUGUUUACAUGUUUCAAAGUUUUAUGCAUCAUGCAUUUUGUUUUUCCAGUGAAAGGGGAAAGAUGGAGGGAAGGUCUGGGUUUGAUCUUUUCAGUAGCUGACUGCUAUUGAUGUCAGGGGAAGCUGAUCUAACAUAGUAGUAACUAAUAUGAAAUUGUGGAUUGAGAAAUAAAAAACUAGAGAAGAAAAAAAUAAAACACAAACAAUGUUUCUUUUAGUACAAUAUUGUGUGUGUGUGUGUGUGUGUGUGUGUGUGUGUGUGUGUGUGUGUGUGUGUGUGUGUGUGUGAUAGAGAGGAAAUUGAAAUUGAGUGUGUUUGUGUGUGUGUGAGAGAGUGUGUGAGAGAGAGAGAGUGUGUGUGUGCGUGAGAGAGAGUGUGUGUGAGAGAGUGUGUGUGUGAGAGUGUGUGUGUGUGUGAGAGUGUGUGUGUGAGAGAGUGUGUGUGUGUG